AUGCACUUUCUCCGUUGCGGCGUCUCCUCUUUUGAUCUCUGCCCAGGAGCCGCUGCUAUUGGCUGCCUCUCUUGUGACGUGCGGGGACUGCGGUUGUCCUAUGUAGCGAGCGCCGGGCUUAGUUUCCGUCUCUUUCCAGAGACCCGGGAUUCUCUGCUGGGUUGGUGCGGGUGGGGAGGGGGGAGGGAGAAGCAAAAGGAGGGACCCGGGGGCCGCUUUCUCCCCCCCCAACCCCUCCACCCCAACCCUCCUUUAAAAAAAAAAAAUAGGAGGGGAGGGGUGGAAGGAUCAGCUCUCCGCCGGCCCUCGGCGUUCAAAAGGAAGCUGGCCAGGGAGAGAGAAGGGGAAAGCUGUUUUUUCCCCCCAUGGAGAGCGAUGCAGGGAGCAAAGUUGGAAGUGUGAAGCGAAACUAGGGAUCUCCCGCUUGACGGCUGGGAUCCGGUCCAAGAGCGCACCAAAGAGACCUUUCUGUGGAGAGAGAGAGAGGCAGAGAGAGAGAUAACCCCGGUUGAUGCAGCGUGUUGGCUACUAAGGAACUGAAGAUGAGAAGGUGCUUCGAAGGUGUCGGGCUGCAAUGCUUUCUUAAGGACAGGGCUAUGGCCGUAACGCAGGACCAGAAAUACCUCCUCAUCUUCGACUUCGAUGAGACCAUCGUGAACGAAAACAGCGACGAGUCCAUCCUCCAGGCCGCUCCGGGGAAGCAGCUCCCGGAGUCGAUCCGAAGCACGUACCGCGAGGGUUUCUACAACGAGUACAUGCAGCGGGUCCUGCAGUACAUGUGCGACCAAGGAGUCAAGAUGGCCGACUUCAAAGCAGCCUACGAAAGGAUCCCGCUCUCCCCUGGCAUGGGCGACCUCUUCCAGCUCCUCUUCAAGCAGCAAGACCACUUCGAGAUCAUCCUCAUCUCCGACGCCAACAUGUUUGGCAUCGAGUGCGCCUUGAAGGCGGCCGGGGCCUAUCCCCUCUUCCGUAAGAUCUUCAGCAACCCCUCGAGCUUUGACAAGAGAGGCUACUUCACCUUGGGCCCUUACCACUCGCACAACUGCAAGCGUUGCCCGGCCAACAUGUGUAAGCACAAGAUCCUGACAGAAUACCUGGCAGAGAGGGCACAGGAAGGGGCCAGGUUCGACCGCGUCUUCUACGUCGGGGAUGGAGCCAAUGACUUCUGCCCUUCCACCGCGCUAAAGUCGAGCGACGUCGCCUUCCCUAGGAAAGGCUACCCCAUGCACCAGCUCAUCCAGGAGACUGGGAAAAGCCAGCCUGGGACUUACCAGGCCACGGUCGUCCCCUGGGACUCUGCCGUAGAGAUUUCUCGUCACCUUCAAGAAGUUCUCAAGAAGAAAUGUUGAGGGCGGGGGAGACCUUUGGCGGGAGGAAACAGCUGCUCUCGUUUGGAAAGAUCUGAACGAUUAUAGCAUCACGGCUCUCUCACGCUUGGCUUAAGGCUCUAUCUCGCUCUCUCUGGGCUUUCUCCACCUCAAAAUCUCUUGUCUCUGGGUCUCCCCUUCCUUCAGCCGAGAGAUAAGGGCUCACUAUGCAGUUAGGAAAUCCAUUAAAGGAAGGGUGGGUGGAUGACAGGCCACUUUAAAUAUUUUUGAUUGCCUUUUUGGAAAGCAAAAGCAAAACACUUUUGCAUUUGCUAAACCCACGCAUCUCGUUUCGCUCGGGCUGGUUCUCAGUAGCGCUCUUAGCGCAUGGGGAAAUUCUGUCGCUACCAAAGCAUUUCGACUGCUCACGGGUGUUAAUAUAGCUCUUCUCCCCUUCCCUUAACAAACACCCUUUUAAAAAAAAAUUACAUUUCCAGAUCAUAUUCCAUCUAACAGGAUGUCAGAAUUGUCUUUAAUUGUUUAUCUAAAUUGGGGGGGGGGCACCUGGCAUCUCCAGAAAGGAAUGGGAGAGCCAGAAAAAUUACCCCAGCUGCAUCUUCUGAUUGGACUUGAUGAUUCCUGGCAUCAUUUCUCAUCUUAUGGCUGAGAUGAGCCACUUUGGUCGGGGAUGGAGAACCUACAGCCUCUGGAUAUUUGCUGAACUACAACUCCCAUAAUCCCCGACCAUUCGCAAUGCUGGCUGGGGCUGAUAGGAGCUGUGGUCCAACAACAACUGAAGGACUAUAGCUUCAUCCCCACUCCAUGACUUUGGCCGAGCACAUCGGGAACAAAAAGGGAAAGCACUUUUGCUGCAGCAGCCUAUGAAUGGUGUUUUCUACUCUCCCCUUCCUUGCCUGGCAAGACAACCUCUUCAAGGAGUACAGUAUUCCUGCUGCUCAGAAAAGGCUGGUGUCUAAAAUGAAGGGGGAAUGAACAGGAUUGGGAGGCCUGUAGGUUGCAAUGAAUAGCAAAACAAGCAAAGAGUCCAGUGUGUUGAGAACUGAAUGGGUCGGAAGAAGAAGCCAGUCAGGGACGGUGUGCACUUGAGUUACAGAGUGGGCAAAUGAGGACAAGCAAAGAUACAUUUGAGGCGCCAUUUUUCUCUAAGGGUGCAUCAUCCUGGUAAGCACCCAAGUUGUGCUCCCGUUGCACAUUUUGGCUCUUGCUGGCCUGGGUUUCACCUUUGGGCAUUUUCCCAUUCCUACACAGCUCUUUUCCUUGCAGAUUCAGGCUGGGUUUUUCUAUUCCCCAUAUGCUGAAUUUGUCAGUUUGCAGCAGCCACGUCCUCCCAAACGAAUGGCGGAUUGGAGGCAGGGGUUGCGGAGUAGAAACGGAUUGUUUGGCAAGGUGGGAAAUCCACGUGGAGUUGGGUCUUGUGCUACAAAUGCAUCAUUUUAAAGAAAAAGGUGGCUCUUUCUGCUACAUCUAUAUGAUGUUUUUUGUACCCACUUACCCACUAAUACAUCAGCUCCCUCGGCCAGUAAAGCGAGAUGAGCGUUGCAACCCCAGAUUCGGCCACGACUUGACCUAAUGGUCAGGGGUCCCUUUACUUUUUUACCCACUAAUGACUUACUCACAAAGAACCCUGAGCAUGGUAAUUUGAUAAGGGUGUUGACAUUCUCUCUUCAAUAUUCAUGGAUGCCUUUGCAGAACUGCAUUCCCCUAGGAACAUGAACAUUUAUGGAGGGUGGGGGAUGUUCUUUCCACAGAUGAACCAUAAUUUCCCAUUCUCUAGCCUUCAUUUUUUUAAAAAAGAGCAAGUAUUUAGCAUUUGUAGAACCUGAGAUACGAGGCAAAAAUGCACAUCUACUAUUCUUACUUUUUUGGUGAGAACCGAGCCUGCUUCUUCCACCCCUGGAAAAAUUGCUUGAGAACCCCAUGCCUGGGAAGAAAUCACAUCUAUUCAAUCAAUAGCUA